UGCCAGGGGCUAGUGGGCUCGUCUACCUGCUCUUCUCACCGAGCACGGCAUAGCCGCAUAGUCGCCCCUCGCCCUCGCGGCCUCGCCCAGUCGCCCUAAAUCCGCCGAGCCCCUUUUCCCCUCCCACCGGGCGCCGGCGGCCGAUCGCCUGGCGCCAUGGCCUCGCCGCCGCCACUUCUGACCCUCACUGACGAGCUCCUCGAGGAGAUCUUCCUCCGCCUGCCGGGCCCGACGGAUCUCGCCCGCGCCUCCACCGCCUGCGCCUCUUUCCACCGCGUCAUCACCGACCGCGCCUUCCUCCGCCGCUUCCGGGGCAUCCACCCGCCUCCCCUGCUCGGCUUCGUCCCCCGCGGUCAAGAUGGCUUCUACCCCGCGCAGCCGCCCUACCACUCCGCUCCGCUCGCGCGCGCCGUCGCCGACGCCGCCGACUUCUCCUACUAUUUCGUCCCCAUUGGGCGAUGGCUCAAACCCUGGCGUCCCCGCGAUCUUCGCCAAGGCCGCGUCCUCCUCGAGUGCCUUCCCAAGUACGACGAGCGCUACCACUUCCACAGCGUUGUCUUCCUCAGCGACCUCGAUCUCGCGGUGUGUGACCCCUUGCACCGGCGAUACGUGCUGCUCCCUCCCGUACCACACAAGAUAACAGCUCAGCACGGGCUCCUCGUUGAUUUCGAUGCGUUCCUUGCUCCCACCGGCCAGGAUGAGGAGGGGACGUCGUUCCAGGUGAUCUGCACCGCGCGGAAUGAAACUAAUCUGUUUGCAAUUGUCUUCUCUUCUGUCACUGGACAUUGGUGCAUCGCUGCAUCUCCCAGCUGGAGUUGUUUGGGCACUGAAGUGGCCUUUGACAAGUUGGCCUAUCCCGAUUAUGCCAACGGCUGCUUCUACUGGACGCAGGACUGGUUUGGCAAGUUGCUUAUGCUUGACGCCACCAAGAUGGAGUUUUCAAUUGUCAACAGCGUUCCGUCCAGCAACCUUAUUGAGGGCAACAUCAAUUCAGGUAUUGUAACGGGAGCAGAAGGACCACCUUUGAUGUUCUUCUUUGGUACGCACAGUGAAGAUGACUCAUCUGAUCUAUUGCAUAUCACUAAGCUCAAUAGCAGUGAACCUUCUGGGGAACAGCAUUUGGAGAGAAUUAUACCAUUGGCCAGAAAGUAUAGGUAUUCCAUCUGUGGUGCGGUUGAGGGGUUCUUAUUCCUUCAUGGCUUUCCAGAAGGUCAGCACUCAGUACGCCGUCGUCGCCACUCUUGGAAUGUUCCAAACAGAGAAUAUCUUUUGCUGGAUGUCAAGACUUCUGAACUUAAGAAGGUCUGUGAGAUGAAGCAUGACUUCUUCAGUGUCCAUGCCUACUUUGGCUUUCCACGGUCAUUGUCAAAACCAUGUAUAUGAAGUGGACUGAUGCGCUAGCAUUCUCUGGUGGGUCUACUUAUUUGGGUUAUUCUUCUGGCCCAGCGAAGAGGCAUGGAGGACGGUUAAUGUUGGUGCUGCACUUCUUUUCGUGGAUUGAAAUUGACUUGAGCCUUGGUAUUUAUCGGGACUUGCUAGCGCUCGUAUGUCCGGCGGGAGCAACUCCCGUCGGACGCAUGCAUCAUCAUCCAUUUUAAAUCUGACGGCUACAGUAGCACCAUAAUAAAUACCACUAAUUAUCCAACAUUCCGUUGCAACAUCAAAACAAAAUAGCUGCAAUAUCAAAAAUCUAUGGUUGCAACAUGAAAAAGAUGCAAAAAAAUAGCUUUACGUAAACAUAAUAUUCGUGAGGGAAAAUUCCUACCGCAACAUUGAACACAUGUUUCAUGCAACAUUUCCAAAAAAUCAUCAUAUGUUGAGUUGGGGUU